UGUCUAAAUUUUUGUUGGUAUUCGGACGCAUUUUAGUCGUCGUUGCUAUUGCAUCGGACACGUUUAGAGAGGAACUCGUGAUGCGUCCACUUCAGGAUGGGAAAGUGGCGGCCCAUUUCGAGUUUACAAUCGAAUCCAACGCGGAGAUUGUAACAGACAGAGCUGCUUCAGAGUUUGCACAACAUUAUGACUUAUUUCCAAAAUCGCUCGGACAGAUCCUCCACAAGUUUUCCGUCUACGAGCUUCACCUCUCCCUCACACAAGGACACUGGCAGCACAAUGUAUGGGGCUAUGCUCCCCACCCCUCCCCUCCCGGGGUCCAGAUGUGGGCGUGGUUCCUUCCCACUGUGUCCGACAGUGACAGCAAUUGGCGAGGACUCACCAGUACUCUCUCUGGUCUCUUCUGUGCAUCCCUAAAUUCAAUCGAUGAGACGAACACGGCAAUACCCACAUUGUCGUUUCAUGCAAACGGUUUCAACCCAUCACACACUAACCGGUCAUGUCUACGAUACGUCAGUCUGACACGAGAAGCCGUGUGCACAGAGAAUCUGACGCCGUGGAGCAAGCUGCUACCGUGUACGUCAAAGGCUGGACUAGCAACACUCCUCAAUGCUCUCACAUUGUACAACACGAAUUACCAUUCUCUUGGUAUUCACGUCACACUCACGUGUGACCAACACACAGCCUGUUCGACGAGCGAAUUGAAAUUAGAGUUGAAGCACGUCUUGACUGUCGUCUUCGAUCCUUUGCGGAAACGUCGGGCACAGAGAAACUGGUCUAUGAAGAGUCUAUUCGGACGAACUGUGUCAUCUCCGUGUCCACUCUCUCACAGCAGCACCAUUUAUGUUGACAUACCUGCUGGCGACGACGUCGAGUUCUCGCCCCUAUAUGAUAGACGGAGACGAGGUGAACACGGAGAACUCGUCGAGUAUGACGUGAACAGUCGAGGUGAUCAAGACGCGGGGCUCAAUGUCGUAAUGAAAUGGAAGAACGAGUUUUCGUAUCCGAUGAGUUUGCAGUCGUCGCCUCUCUUUGCUCGCUCGUAUGUGUUAGCAUACGGAAAAGAGUUUGGAUAUUUGCAUAUUGAGGUGACAAACAUGGGAGAAGGAGAUGUCGUGAAUGCAUCGUUGUUGCAGCUGGUUCCGUGGUACUUCCGUGUCUACAUCAGCAGCCUUCGUAUCGAGCUGAACGGCGAGCCGUUCGUGAUGACCGAACAGCUCAACUAUGUUCCCGGCAAGGACCGUGCUCGGCCUCAUACGUUGGAGUUGCUGUUCGACAUUCCAUCGGAAUCGACUGUUCACUUCUCGGUUCGUUUCCAGAAGGCGUUUCUCCGGUGGACAGAACAUCCUCCUGAUGCCAACCAUGGAUUUUACAUUCCGUCGGCUGCGAUUUCGUUUGUCACAAAGUCGUCGGCUUCGUUCCCUCGUUCACCUGCCGCUCAGUGUAUCUAUACGGAGCCUCAGUUGGUUGUCAUGGCAACACCAGAUUUUAGUAUGCCGUAUAACGUGAUUUGUUUUGUGUGUACGAUCAUUGCCAUCGCGUUCGGAGCGAUACACAACUUGACAACGAAACGGUUUGUGGCUGAGAGUAGAGACAAGUUGACUAAACUGGGUGAAUUACGGCAACGGUUGAAGAAAGUGUUCAGUAGGAGAACGUCGAAGGCCCAACCGAGUGGCCAACAGUGAUGAUGUAUGUAGCUAGUUGAUGUCACACUACAAUGUAAAUGAUUAGAAAUUUGUAGCA